AUGAUUUUCCAACAAGAAAGUAAAAGUAGUACGACUACCAGUACGAACAAUAUUCACUCUGUUGGAAUCAUAAACACUACUGAUUCUUUAACCAUUUCCUCUGCUCAUCCUAACACCGUUCAAGUUUCAACUACCUUUCGUAAAAGAAGGAAUACUCUUCACAUCCUUAUAAAUGCAACUAUGCAAUUGCUCUCCUCCCCCUUAAACUCCCCUACUUCAAUUAACACUCCGAAUCUUGUUAAGCAAGACCAUUGUUCUUCACCAACUAUACUUUCAAACGAAUCAUCAUAUGUUUCAUUCCCUGAAUUCGAGGAAUAUGAUUAUAAUGAUGAACUCGGAGGUGUUAAUGAAUUAAGAGUUGAAAAUACGUUCAUUCAAGUUGUUCAAAUGGAACAAUUUGAUGAAAUGUUCGUAAACGGUGUUAGAGUUCCCUGCGCUCAUCUUAACUAA